GUUCCAGUGAUACAGAGUCAGAAUGGCUGGGGAGUGACUUACACUUAUACUGAGAUCUGUGCCUUCAAAGGAUCAACAGUGUACAUAUACUGCACCUACAGAUACCCAACCACAAACAAUUACCAUUUUACAGUUGAGAAAACAUUCUGGUUUAAAGGUGAUGAUGCUGUAGAUCUGAAAACAAAGUCAGAGUAUUCAGGUCGUGUGGAGUAUAACUGUGAUAUGAACUACUGCACUCUGAGAGUCACAGACCUGAGAGAGAGCGACUCAGCUGAGUACAAGUUCAGGUUCAUAACAAACCAACCAGGUGGGACAUAUACUGGUUCACCUGGAGUCACUCUGUCUGUCACAGAUCUCCAGGUGCAGGUGAGCAGAUUACAGAUCUAUGAGUCUUCUAACUGGGCAGAGCUGAAGUGUCACAGCAGUUGUCUUCCACCUGGUCAUCAUUACUACGUCUGGUACAAGAAUGGACAGAACAUUGGGGGACAGACAUCUAAUUCUUAUUCAGCCUACUUUUACCCUGCAGAAAGCUUUUCCUGUGCUGUAGGAGGAUAUGAGAAGUCCCGCUCUCCUUCAGUGUAUGCUCCAAAGCUUCCCUCUGUGUCAGUGAGUCCCUCUGCUGAGAUAGUGGAGGGCAGUUCAGUGACUCUGAACUGCAGCAGUGAUGCUAACCCAGCAGCUAAAUACACCUGGUACAAGGAGAAUGGAAAUCAAAACCUUUAUCCUCUCGGUAAAGAACAAAAGCUUGUCUUCAGGUCCAUCCAGUCCUCUGACUCUGGAAAGUAUUACUGUGCAGCUGUGAAUGAUCUGGGGAGGACAUCUGGAUUUGAGCUAUUAACGUGAAAUGUGAGUAAAAUGCAGCUAAUUUAAAAAACAUUAUACAAUUAAUGACAACUUCUUAAAGCUUAAUUAUCCAGUCAGAUGUUUUGCUGAUCAUGCACUUUCUUCAGCUCUGCCUGUUUCACAUUCACAGCGGCUACAACAGAUGAUUAAAGGCGGUUUUAUUUCGAGUGAACGCUGAGUCAAUGUUGAGUUCAGCUCAAUGAAUAGAGGGGUAGUACUUUUCUCAUUGAUACCUUGAAUCAUUUCCAAAAUAUUCAAGAUUUUCCAGGAAAAAUUUGUAGGUGAAUGGAGAGAAGGAUUAAAUCCUCCUCAUCCCUACUCAACUCUGUAAGGGUACUAGUUCAGCACACUUUCAGCUA